CCACAGAAACAUGCAGGCAGCAGGCUGCACAAACGAUGUGGAGAACCCUGCAUGCUGAUGCUUUCUGUCUGGCACGCGAUCUCAAGAGAGCAAUUCUGACUGGCCAGCCCCUUGAAGUUCGAUGCGAUGCUCCUCGAGUCCUCGCUCACCGCGUUCACCGCGUUCUCUCGAGGCCGGCCGGUACAAUGCCUCUUCCUAGUUGUACGGCUGUGCGGAGGUACAUUGACUUUCAACCGUCUCUUUUCAUCUCAUCACCGAGUUUCUGCACUUGAAAGCACGAAGGCACGUUUCAGGUUCUCGACGUUCUCGAUCAUUUCCACAUUGGUUCUUCCGUGGUACGUAUCAUCAAAGGCAACGCUCCCGUCUCCCUCGGUGUUUCGUCUCCUGCUGUGGCGCACGAAACACGAAAGGAGAUUUGUCGGCUGGAUGUUGCCGCAAUCUCAACUCUUGAUCGCCCCGACAAACGAGACCUCCACAACACCCCAUGCCUUCUGAAACUUAUCUUAGAAGCAAAAGGCUCGGAAAUGGCUGGAUCUAUAUAUGAACCACUAUCGAUCUCCAAGCACAGUAUGAGAUUGCCGAGUGGAUCAUCGCUUUCACCGGGACUCUAGCCCGGACUUCUAGCUCCUCCUGAAAUCUACACCGGGAAGAGUAAUAAUAUAAACUCUGAAAUUAUGUUUCGAGCUUGUCUUUCACAACACUCUUCAACUAUUCAACGUGGGCGAAUGGGCC